AUGCUGUCAUCCCGUUGUGCAGCCAGGGCUCUCCGCUAUAUGAGUUCGCAAUUGCGGCAAUCUUCAUCUUGCUCUAGUUCUGCAGGUCCCCGGCAUCUUCUUUCUAUCGCAGACCUUACUCCUUUGGAGUUUACAACUCUCAUCCGCAAUGCCGCCACACAUAAACAUUCCAUGAAAUCUGGAUUAAUACCCCAAUCUCUUAUGGGAUCGUUGUCCCAAAAAACGAUCGCCAUGAUCUUUUCCAAGCGAAGUACACGAACGCGCGUGUCGACAGAAGCUGCAGUGAUAUCUAUGGGUGGACAUCCAAUGUUUCUUGGGAAGGACGAUAUCCAGCUAGGCGUGAAUGAGUCACUUUACGAUACGUCAGUAGUAAUAUCUUCCAUGGUGUCUUGCAUCAUCGCUCGGGUUGGACCACAUUCCGACAUUGCAGAACUCUCCAAACACUCCAGGGUCCCUGUCAUCAAUGCCCUCUGCGACACAUUUCACCCUUUACAGGCCAUUGCCGACUUCCUCACUAUCUACGAGGCUUUCCCACCGCAACACAAGUCUAGUCUAUCAUCAACUUCUAACCUAGGCCUAGAGGGAAGAAAAAUUGCAUGGGUCGGGGAUGCAAACAACGUUUUAUUCGAUAUGGCAAUUGGUGCUACUAAGCUUGGUGUUGAUAUGGCCGUCGCAACUCCAAAGGGAUAUGAAAUGCCGUCGCAUAUUAAGGAAUUAAUUCAGAAAGCUCGCAUCGGAAUCGAGUCUCCUGGAAAUAUUACUCACACUAACGUUCCGGAGGAAGUUGUUAAUGGUGCAGACAUUCUUGUGACGGAUACAUGGGUGUCUAUGGGACAGGAAGAUGAAAAGGCAAAGAGAAUCAAGGCAUUCCAGGGGUUCCAAAUUACUUCAGACCUAGCAAAGCGCAGCGGAGCCAAAGAAGGCUGGCGAUUUAUGCACUGCCUACCCCGGCACCCUGAAGAAGUGAGUGACGAGGUGUUUUAUGACAAAAGCCGGUCCCUAGUAUUUCUUGAGGCGGAAAACCGACUGUGGGCUGCUAUUUCGGCACUGGAGUCGUUUGUUGUUAACAAGGGGCAGAUCGUAUAG